UGUAUGUAUGUGUGUGUGAGUGCGCGCGUGUAUGUGUAAAUGAGUGUGAGUGAGUGAGUGAGUGAAUGAGAGAAGUAGCGCUCUCUAAUGUUUGAAGGUUAGGAAAAAAAAUCCUCAGCCGCGCCGCUGUCUUCUCGCUCUCCAACUUAAAGGUUCGCAGUUUACGUACGUUUGUUUGCUGCUUCGUCAUCUUGUGUAUCACCAUCUCUUAAGAGACCAUACAGAGAAUCAGACAGAGAGACGGACAUUGUCGACUGGCGAUUGUACGGUUUGUGUUACCCUCUGGGUCACUUUAUUACUUCUUUUAUAUCAAAUUCGCCUUGCUCGUUCGUCCUACGAACAGCGAAACGAGACCAAAAAAAAAAAAUAGAACGGUUGGCUACUGUAUUUACUACCUGGAUUUAAUACAUACAAGCACGCACGCACGAUCACACGUAUUUAUAUACACAUAAUCAGACAGGCACACACACACACAUUUUAUACAUUACAACAACCACAACCACGACGUCCUCAAGGCGGAGUAACUCUUCUAAAAAAACACGAUGUCCAACGACUGGCAAUAGCAUAAGGUCUGACCUGUUGGUCGGCAACCGUGGUCAGUGCAUGACGACAACGACCGAUGGGAGACAACAAGGCCUGGUCACUCCAGGCCGUAACAACAACACCACCACCACUACUACUACUAUUACCACUAACAACAACAGCACCAGUAAAAACACUAGUGUUAGUAGUAGUAGUAACAUCAGCAAUAACAACGCUACCAGUGAUACUAAUAUUAGCUAUAGUAGUAGUAGUAGUAGUAGUAGUAGUUGUAAUAACAACACCAGUAUGUCGCAAUUACAUUCGUCUGUAGAGAAUGGCGACUUGGACGGUGCUUCUGGUGGCUCUAACGCGGAUUUGACCUUGCUUCUGCCGGAUCACCCGAAAAAUGGACGGCACGCGGAUGGCAACGAUACCACCAGUCUGGGGCUGACUGUUGCGGCUGGGUGCGAAAUACCGCCCAGAGAUAACAGCAGCGUCAACAACAACAACAGCAACACGCUCAUUACGUUUGGGACUAGUACGGUACUAACGAUGGUGGACAGAGAAGACGGCAUCAGAGCAAGUGGCAGCUAUCACAACAGCAGCAGUAAUAGUAGUAGUAGUUGUAAUAGUUGCAAUAACACGAAUGCUAAGAGCGGCAAUAAUAACGAUCUCAAUGCUUACGCAAACGGAUCGUCAUUAUUCAAUCUGGACGAGGACAGUAAUUCGCUGUCGUCGGGUGAUCCGAGAGCCAGGAUCUCUUCCUCUCAUAGCACCACUUUGUUCGGAAACAGUGGCGCGAUAGCAGCGGCGGCGGCGGCAGCCCCCAUCUUCGCCGUCUCUACUGUUAUUACUACUAAUACUACGACUACUACUGUUACCGCCUCCUCCUUUUCCACCGCUGUUACAACCAACAGCAGCGCCGCCGCCACCGCCGCCGCCAUUACUUCCUCUUUUGACAACAACCACUGCCAACAGAUACAAGACUUUUACUCGAACCCGCACCAACACCAUCAUUACAACAACACUAACAAACAUAACAACGGUAUCAUUAAUAAGAAUAACAUCAACAGUAGCUGCUGUUGUUGUUGUUGUCUCUCUGCUAGCAGUAGUAGUGACUGUAGUGCUGGUAUUAGUGGGGGGGAUAAUAAUAAUAAUAACAACAACAGUACAACCAAUGCUAGUAACAUCCAUCACUCUGCCAUGGUAACUAACAACAACGGUGUCUGCUCUUUCGCAGCUACUACGAAUAAUAGUAAAAAUUGUCUCACAAACAACAACACUAACUAUAUAGAAGCAUUGAAUAAUAUCACCACCACCAUUGGCUUACACGCACCUUUACUAACACCUAUAACAGACUUCAACACUAACGCCACCAACAGCUACUAUUACGACAACAAGACUACUACUACCAUUACUAACCACAGCAACACUACUACUACUACUACUACCACGACCACCUCGUCACCGGUAUUGGCCGGGUCGACUACAACGACCACGACGAUUACCACUUCUACUACCUGCAGCAGUGGCAGUGGCGGCACACUGCCCUUGUCGGCGGCACUCGUGCCUCUGUCGUCGUCGUCGUCGUCUGACAUCAACUCACAACCGCAACAACAACAACAACAACACAACUCGCAACUUCAUCCGCACCAUCGUCAUCACCACCCGCAUCACCACCACCAUCAUCACAACCACCAUCAUCACAACAACAACAACAACCACUAUCAUCAUCACCACUCCCAACAACAACAGCAACAACAACACAACAUCAGGCCAUCAACAUGCCAGUUUGCCGAAGUAACGGCAACCGAGGACAAAAAUCUCAAAGAACUCCUACUUCUGCACAUAGACUUCAUUCACCACCAGCAGGACUUGCUUGCACAGAAGGACAGACAUAUAAGUGAUCUCAAGUCGGAAAACGAAACGUUAAAAUGCCGCAUAGAUCGCAUGGAGCGCCGUUUGUCUAUUCUGAAGCAGAAAGACGAGCCAAUGAACUCCUCCUAUCAUAUGUCAAAGACCCAGGCUAGCAAUGAAAGCACCGGUGACAGGGGCAGUAAGAAGAUUGCCUUUCUAAAACGUAGAGAAAGAAAAUUUGGAGUUGAUGCCCAGAACGUUCAAAAGAAAGUGAUAUCAGAAUCCACAAGGCCCAAAUCACAUUCGGUAACGAAAAACAAGCUCUCUUGCCACAACAAUAACUCUGUGUCGAAAUGUACGGAGCUGUCGGAAAAUGGGGAGCUGAUUUUACGAACUGACAAUUUAUAUUAUGUCUCUUACUAUGAACCACCUCCUCCCACAGAACGAGUGCUAGUUAACUCACGACACACCAACGAUGAAAUAUGUCUUGAUGGUACAAAAGUAGAAAUUCCACAUUGGCGGUUACGGACUGUUGCCAAUUGUUACACUUUAGAGGGUACAGAAAAUUUAGAAGAUGAAGUGUUUACUAAGCGCCACCAAAAGCCUGAACAUGAAGAGAAACGGAGAAAACGGUGGGACCUUCAACGGAUGCGAGAACAGAAAAUGUAUGAAAAAUUACGAGAGAAAGAGAAACCAGAUUCAAAAGACUCCAAAGAUGGCGACAAUUUCUUAACAUCUUUUUAUCCUUCAUUGGAAGACAUCACACAUUUAGAGAUUGCAGACAAAGUACCAGUAACUGCCUUCGGUCAACCGAUUCCUUACAUAAAGCCUUCUGACUUUGAAUUGCCAUGGGAACUGGGAGAGUGGCCCAGCUCGUCUAGUUCGAAUGCGGACGAUAACAACAGGCAGCUGAAACAGCGACGGAUGAAACGCAAGUGAUUCCUGUCUUGCGAGCGCACACACUCACUCACUCACACACACACACACACACACACACGUAUCACAUACAAUUACUAACUGUGCAUAUGCACCCAUACUGAUAAUAUACAAUAGAACUCCUUUUCUUCCCCCUUCCCACAUCUACAUCUCUCCCUUCCCACCAUUUAAUCAUGUGUAUGUGACAUGCAUUCAUUUACCACAACUACAAGGCAAAAAACUGACAAAAAAUACUGUGUGUGUGUGUGUGUAAAUAUAUAUAUAUAUAUAUAUUUACAUAUUUGUAUAUAUAUAUAUGUAUAAAUAAAUUUGUGUAUAUAUUUGCAUAUAUGUAUAUAUAAUUAUAUAUAUAUAUAAUGUAUGUAUAUAUAGUGAAGACUACAGAAAAAAAAAAACAUCCAUCCUGACUAUAUUUUUAAGUAGAAAAAAAAAAUUGAAAUAAAGAUGCAAUGAUUUGAAAAUGAAAAAUAUGUUUAAAAAAACCCAAACUAUCACCACUGUUAAUUACUGAAUUGAAAAGGAGUAUUAAACAAUUUUUAAAAAAUAGUUCAAAGGCUAGCAUGUGUGUGUGUGUGUAAGUGUGAAUGUAUGCCAACUGUUAUCUUUUUUCAUAUCUUUUCCACUCUGUUUGUUAUGUAUCUGCUGUUAUUCUUCUUUAAAGGAAAUCUCUAUCUC